AUGGAAUUGCAUGAAGUUCGUCUCCUAUCACUACCUUCAUCACUUGGUUGCUUAAUGAACCUUCGAACAUUGCGUUUGAUUGGUUGUGAGCUGGGAGAUAUAGCAAUAAUUGGAGAGAUGAAGAAAUUAGAAAUUCUUGGCUUUUGUCAUUCGGAUAUUCAACAGUUGCCUCAAGAAAUUGGGGAAUUAACUCAGUUAAGGUUACUAAGUUUGACUGGUUGUCAAAAACUUAAAGUCAUCGCUCCAAAUGUCAUUUCACGCUUGUCCCGACUAGAGGAAUUAUAUAUAGGGGACAGCUUUGUUCAAUGGAAUGUUGAAAGACUCAAUAAUCAAGGACCAAGUAAUGCUAGUCUUGCUGAGUUAAAGCAAUUGUCUCACCUGACCUCUUUAGACAUACGUGUUCAAGAUGCCAAGAUUAUGCCGCAUGAAAUUACGAUCGUAGAGAAGUUGGAGAGCUUUAAUAUAUUUAUUGGACUUGUCUGGAACUUGUCCGGUAAGUGUGAAACCCAAAGGAGGAUGUUGAAACUAAAGCUUGAUAAUAGCAAUCAUUUGGGGUAUUCAAUCAAAAUUUUGUUGAAAAGAGCUGAAGAUCUCUAUCUAGAUGAACUGGAUGGCUUUAAAAAUGUUCUUUAUGAGCUUGAUGGGGAGGGCUUCUCACAACUAAAGCUUCUGCAUAUCCAAAAGGCUCUUGACCUUUUAUAUAUUGUUAAUUCAGUGGAAUGGGCUCCUUGUAAAAUUGCCUUUCCCUUGUUAGAGUCAUUAUUUCUCUAUGAUUUGAUUAAUUUGGAGAAGAUAUGUCAUGGCCAACUCUAUGCAGAGUCUUUCAGCAAAUUGAAAAUCAUCAAAAUUAGAAAAUGUGAUAGACUAAAGUGUCUUUUCCCAUUCUCCAUGGCCAAAAAUCUUUUGCACCUUCAAGAACUUGAAGUGACUCAUUGCAAGAAUGUAAGUGAGAUUGUUGGUAAAGAAAGUGAAUACCAUCUCCACCAAGCUGAAAGGACUAGUAAGAUUAUUGAGUUUACUCAGCUGCAUUCCAUAAUAUUAAAAUGUCUGCCGCGACUUGUGAGUUUUGACUUCAACAUGAAGGCACCUUUAAUAUCACAGACUUCAUUAGCAACUAAUUCGUGUUCCAAAGAAAUCAUUGAAGAGGACGAACCAGAGGAUUCCAUGGCUCUUUUCAGUCCAAAGGUUGUUUUACCAAGAGUGAAGCACUUGCAAUUAUCCUUCAUCAACAUUACAAAUAUAUGGCUUGAUCAACCCUCGGAAAUGUCCCAAAGUUUAACAAGCUUAACUGUGGAGGAAUGUAUUAAUUUGAAAUUUUUGUUUUCAUCUUCUGUGGUUAGAAGUCUUAUGCAACUCCAGAAGCUUGUGAUAAGCAACUGUAAGUCAAUGGAAGGAGUGAUUGACACAGAAGGUGUAGGAGGGGAAAAAAAUAUGACUUUUCCUAAACUAUUUUACAUGGUGCUCGAAGGUCUGCCAAAACUAACAAGAGUUGGCACUGGAGAUUUUGUUGAAUUCCCCUCAUUAAAUGAACUUGUGAUUGAGAGUUGCCCUAAUUUGAAGACAUUCUUCUCCGGCUCUUCAUGUGUGGAUGCAGAUAUAGUAACUGAAAAACCUGAAGAAAUAAUCUUGGAGAACUUCCCCACUGAUAUACAUUUUCUCUUUGAUGAAAAGGUCAUAUGUGCGAUGGAGUUUUUGACAUUAAACAGCGAUGACGUUAAAUUAAUAUGCAUGGGCAAUUUUCCAGCAGAGAUGUUUUGCAAAGUUAGAGAUCUUCAGUUAUUCUGCUUUCAUGAUGAAUCAGCUGAUUUUCCAUUUGCUUUCCUUCAAAGAUUCUACAACAUGCGAAGACUGGUGAUAUUUUGUGGUAAUUUUGAAGAGCUGUUCCCAGGUGAAGGACUUGAUGAGAAUAAACAU